AUGGCACCAACUUCGCGCCGCAUUCUCAUCAUAGGCGGUGGCCCGGCCGGCUCAGUAGCAGCUUUUUGGUUAGGCAAGGCAGGCUUCGACGUAACAGUAGCAGAACGAUCCACAUCUCGCUUCGCAUACGGCCAGGGCAUUGACAUCACCGGACCGGCCUUAGACAUUGUCAAACGCAUGGGAGUUGAGCAAGAGAUCAGGGCAAAUACGACCGGAGAGGCGGGCUUCGCUAUUUUAAACGAAGAUUCCACGAAUGUUGCCGCAGAAGAAGGAUGGAAGAGCUUGAGUCUGACACAAGAGAUCGAGAUCACGCGCGGGAAGCUUUCCAAGAUCUUAGCAGAAGCCGCUGGUAGCAUACCGAAUGUGAGAUAUCGGUAUGGAUGCACGGUGUCUGAGCUUCGUCAGACUGAGAAGGAUGUCACUGUGGUGCUGUCCGAUGAUGGGAAGACGGAGUCGUUUGCUGCGGUGAUCGGCGCAGAUGGCGUGAAAUCGCGGCUUCGCGAUAUGAUAUUCGACCCAGAGACGAGCGCUAAGGCUUUCAGGCCCGUCGACCAAUGUGGUGCCUUCUUCUCGAUUACUGGUACUUCAGAAGACUUUCCGAAUUCAAGGUGGCAGCAUGCGACCAAGGGCAGAUCGAUAAUCGUGAGGCCUGUCGACGAGAAGACCAAAAAGGUGUCUGGCUAUGCGAUCCAGACAGUCCCGGAUGAAAAGCUGAAAGCUGUAGCUGAUGGCACGAAAGAUGAGCAAAAGAAAGCAUUAGCCGAAGCAUUUGCAGACUUCCCAGGGCCACUUGCACCUCGCAUUAUCGAAGAGAUGCAAAAGACCCAGGACUUCUACUUCGUUCAAACCGCUCAGAUCAAGCUUGACAAGUGGCAUAACGGACGAUGUGCCCUAGUCGGCGAUGCAGCGUACGCCCCAAGUGGAGUGACCGGCGCUGGGACAUUAUGUGCCAUUCUUGGAGCCUACAUCAUCGCUGGCGAGCUUGCUGCCAACCCCGACGAUCCGAAUACUGCAUUUGAAAAACACCACGCUUUGCUCAAGGACUUUAUAAAGAAGACUCAAAAAAUCCCACUUGGCGGCAAAGCACCAGCCCUGCUCAAUCCACAGUCAAGUUGGGGCAUCAGCACUCUUAGGACCGUGUUCUGGUUCAUUGCCUGGAGCGGAGUGUGGAAGUUUGCGAACAUUGCGAGUGAUUCCAAAUUUCCACUUCCGGAGUACGAGAUGAAAAUACCAGAGUCGAGAUGA